AGAAGAAAAGCAAACAUGGCGACUUCCACGGGGCAAAAUGGAAAGGCUGCUGGUACUUCCGAUGCGGAUCUCUUGCUUCACCCUGAGUUGUUGUCUCAGGACUUUAUGAGGCUAGUUUUAAAUGAGAAAAACGUGAGUACCAGAGACUGUGGGAGCAGGGACCAGCUCACAGAGCUCUACCUGCGGCAUAUCAUCCCUCUGCCGCAGAGGACUUUACCCAACACCCGCUGGGGACGGAGGAUGGAGAAGAGCCGAGGGAAGCAAACGCCGGUAGCUCACCGGUCAGACAACUCCAGCAGUGACCACAGUAGAAAGAGGCCUCUGAUUGUGUACGAUGGGAGCUCCUCUCACUCUGGCCCACUGAAAGUGAAGAAACCAGAGGGAAGUAUAGUGUCAAUAGGAAGCAACGACAGGUUAAAACCUCCACCAGCAGCAAAUCUUUCCAACCCCAUCCGCAAACUCUCAGGCAACACAUCUUCCUCUCCAUCCAGUCAGCGCAGCAGUGACACAAAAAACCUCAAACGAGAAGCAAAUACGUCGGGGGCACUGAAGUCUCCGGAAGUGAAGAACAAGAUCCAGCGUGUGACUUGGCCCUGAUCUUUGGCCUCUUUUUCAUACAGACCUGAUGGGACCUCAAGGUCCGGCAGACAGACCACACCUUUCCCUGUCCGUAACCUGUGGUUGCCCACUACCUUAGGUGUCCCAUCACAAUUUUCCCAACUCAUUUAUCCACAGAAAGAGGUGGAAACCCUUCUAGCUGUGGGUCAAAGCUGCUUAACUGUUGCCAUUCAGUUAUAAGAGCUUACAAACUGGGAUGAAGUCACGAGCUUCCUUGAUGUUUUCCAAAACCUCAAGUGCCCUUACCAGCAUUAAUCAGCAACUUGCAUUAAGUCCCAUCCAAAAUGAGUGAGGUGAAUUAUUGCUCUUUUUAUUCUGUUGCUGGUUUAGGUUAAAAGGCCCCGGGGUGAUGAAUGAUGGCUGCGAUGGCUGUGUUCUCAACUGGAUGCUAAAGGAUCUUAUAACGUGAUAACAAUGGAAGUAAGCAAGAGGCAAUGCAGACAUGUUAUAAGACAGAUCUGUUUCUUUGGUGUAUUGCAAAUGAAUAUAGACAGAUCAUGGUGAGCAUCACAUUUUAGAAGUUGUGUGAUCAAUGACUUUUUAUCAUUUCUGUUAUGAAUUCAACUGAGAUUUGCAUUUGUUGAGCACUACAUAAGUUUUCCAGGAUUUUGAAAUGUCACUCUGGUGUGAGAUUUUACAUAUGCUGCACAUAACGAUGGGAUAAAUAAAAACAAUAUUGAACUUUAUUAUUAGUAGACCAGUAAUUACUUGUUUAUAAAAAGAGCAUCACAGAGAGGCCGAGUCUUUCAAAAGGACCACUUUUGUAAAUACUGUUCCAAACAUUUUAGGAUGUUGUGCAAAAAUGUAAAUAAAAACAGAAUGCAAUGAUUUGAAAAUCUCAUAAACCCAUAUUUUAUUCACAACAACAUAACAACAUAUUGAAAACAUAUCACAUGUUUGACCAGGCAGCGUGCCAUUUUAAGAAGAAAAUGAAGUCAUCAUGAAUUGGAUGGCCUUAACACAUUUCAAAAAGUUGGGGCAGGGCCACAUUUACCACUGUGUAGCAUCACCUCUUCUUUUAACAACAGUCCGUAAACACCUGGAAACUGAGGAGACCAGCUGCUGGACGUUUUGGGAGCGGACUUGUCCUGUUCGUGUCUGAUAGAAGAUUCUAGCUGUUCAACAGUCUUGGAUCAUCUUUGUUGUGUUUUUCGUUUUAUGAUGUGCCACAUUUUCUGUUCUUGUUUUCAUAACAUCAAAAAUGCAGACUUUUGAGCACAUGGAUGAAGCUGGAUGGUCCCUCUCCUCUUUAAUCCAGAUGAUAUAGCAUCCAUGUUUUCCGCCCCCAGAAAUUCAAAUUUCAGCUCGUCUGACUGGAGAACAGUUUGCACUUUUCUUGGCAGUUAUAAAUGAGCCUUGGCACAGAGGUGACAGCUGUGUCUCUGGAUCAUUUUGACAUAUGGCUUUUAUUUUAUUUUUUUAAAGGUUAAGCAUUAACCUGCACUUGUGGAGGCCACAAUGAACUGUGUUCACAGACAGUUAUUUCUGAAAGUCUUCCUGAGCUUGUGCAGUGAUCUGUGACAGAAUCCUGCCUGUUUUCAGUGCAGUGCUGCUCGAGGGCGCGAAGAUCACAGGCAUCUAAUACUGAGUUUUCACCUUAUUUGUGUGCACAGAGAUUUUCUGAAUAUUCUGCUGAUAUUAUGUACAGAGAUAACGAGAAACUCUUCUCAAUUUUACAUUUAAGACCAUUACUCUAAAAUAGAUUGAUGCAAAAUUUGUGAACACAAUUCUUUGCAGAGUGGUGAACCUGUGCACAGCUUUACUUCUGAGAAGUUCUGCCUCUCUAUGAUGCUCCUUUUUUUAAUACCAGCUCAUGUCACGAUCUGUUACCAAUUAACCCAAUUAGCUGCAAACUAGUUCCAGUUGUAUUUUUUAGUAUGAGCUAUUUUUCCAGCCAUUUGUUGCCCUAUCACAUGUCGCUGCCAUUAAAUUUGAAUUAAGCAAAUAUUUUUUAUGAAAUAAUAGA